GUGCCACCGAAUUUCACGUCCACUUUCUCGCUCCCUUGUCUCCUUCGGAGUUCGGUCUCUCUCUCCGUAUGCUGAUACAUUGCUCCAGCAAUCCAGCUUGCAGGCCCGAGUACUCUCUUUCUUUCUUUCUCUCUCUCUCUCUCUCUACGCUGUCUCACCCCGUUAGGGUUCGUUAAUGCUCUUUGUAUGCUCUGAACAUCUGAAUUUCGGCAUAUCUGAGGGCAAAUAAGCGAUUGAGAACUGGAUUUGAGUUGCAGAAAAUGAACCUCAGUGAGAUUUCCUCUGGGUGUUGGAGAUAGGUUAGAAAUUUUUUAGGGUUUCUGGAAAAAAGCUCGUCUUUUUAUCUGAUUCUGAGUGAAGAUGCCAGCUCACGGUUUUUCUUCGAAAUCGGAGAAGAACGAAGCCACGAAACAACCGCGCAGAGAUCCUUAUGAGGUCCUAGGCGUCUCUCGCAACUCCACGGAUCAGGAAAUUAAGAGUGCCUACCGAAAAAUGGCUCUUAAGUACCAUCCUGACAAAAAUGCAAAUGAUCCCAAGGCAGCUGAUAUGUUUAAGGAGGUCACAUUUUCCUACAAUAUUCUAUCUGAUCCAGAUAAACGGCGUCAGUAUGACACAUCUGGUUUUGAGGCUAUUGAAUCAGAAAGCCAAGAGCUGGAGCUAGAUCUUUCAAGCCUGGGAGCUGUGAAUACCAUGUUUGCUGCACUCUUUAGUAAGCUUGGUGUGCCAAUUAAGACUACUGUGUCGGCAACUAUUUUAGAGGAAGCAUUGAAUGGACUGGUUACUAUUCGUCCUCUUCAGCUGGGACAACCUUUGUUUAAAAAGGUAGAGAAACAAUGUGCUCACUUCUAUUCUGUAACAAUAACAGAACAGGAAGCACAAGCUGGAUUUGUGUGUAGAGUGCAAUCACCAGACAAAAGUAAAUUCAAGCUUUUGUACUUUGAGCAGGAAGAGAAUGGUGGAUUAAGUCUUGCAUUACAGGAGGAUAGUGCAAAAACAGGAAAAGUUACAUCCGCUGGGAUGUAUUUUCUUGGUUUUCCUGUUUACCGGUUGGAUCAAACAGUCAACUCGAUGGCAGCUGCAAAGGAUCCUGAUGCAGCCUUCUUCAAAAAGUUGGAUGGGUUUCAGCCAUGUGAAAUAACUGAGCUAAAAGCCGGCACUCAUAUAUUUGCUGUUUAUGGUGACAAUUUCUUCAAAAGUGCAAGUUACUCAAUAGAGGUUCUUUGUGCUGCACCAUUUUCAGAAGAAAAAGAGAAACUAAGGGCUGUGGAAGCCCAAAUUCUGAGUAAGAGGGCAGAACUCUCCAAGUUUGAAACAGAGUACAGAGAGGUUCUGGCACGAUUUACGGAGAUGACCAAUAGAUAUACCCAAGAAAUGCAGGCGAUAGAUGAGCUUCUGAAGCAUUGGAAUGCAAUUCGGGCUUCUUACUCCACUUCUCCACCUCUAAAGCGUAGUUCAAGUAGUAGCAAGAUUAGAGGUUCCUUCAAGGAGUCAAACGGGGAAGAAGAUCAUCAACCAAAAGAUAAGAAGCCUAUGACAAAGGAUAGGCCAAAGAAGAAGAAAUGGUACAAUAUACACUUGAAGGUGGACAAAAGGAAGCCUUGCUGAAUAGGUUUUGUAAUCUGAUCGAACAACAUAGGGGAGAUUUCACAAGCAGCUUCUGGGUGACGAUUCCACUGUACCUGUGCACAUUUGCUUUUCUGCUGCAGUGGACAUGGAUUUGUAGCAUAGUGGUAUGUAUGAGACCACAAGAUUGUUUCCAUCUUGCCCAAGCCUGCAUGGAUAAACAAUGGAGUAAAGGCAAAACAUUCUAGUGCAAUGUUUUCACUACUCCAGCAUGUAAAGGAUAACAAAUAUUUUUGUUAUAAAAAGUUUCCAUUUUCGUUGCUUUCUGUUA